UAGUAGAGAUGGGGUUUCACCAUGUUAGCCAGGAUGGUCUCAAUCUCCUGACCUUGUGAUCCACCCAUCUCGGCCUCCCAAAGUGCUGGGAUUACAGGCGUGAGCCACUGUGCCUGGCCCAAAUGUCUUUUCACCCAGCUGUGUCCAUCAAUGAUAAUCUUUGUCUGAAUCAAUUUUUAUUACACUGGUGGUUGCAAAGUGACACUUUUUAAAAUUGUCAUUCCUUCUACAUUUAUUAGCUGGCAUUAUUUCAUUAAAGAACAACUCCCUCUCUUUUUUAAUAUCAUUCUUCAUGGAUUCUUUUUUAUAAAUUAUGUUGUAGCUUUUUGUUGUUAUUCUUUCGAAUGCUCAAAUUGUCCAGAUUUGGCCAAUGCAAUCUCUGUUAUUUUUUAACCCCACAAUCCAGGUUAAUCUGAGCUAUUUUUAAUGCCCAGAGUAAUUUCUAAUAUUUCCCACUCCCAACAGGAAUUGAGAAAGGGCUUCCAGAAGUUGGGGGCUUAUUCAGACUCUUCGUAGAAGUCUACCUUCUUCCUGUGUACUUUCAGCCCAAAGUGAGACUUAUGAGUUGGGAAGAGAUACUUCUGAAUUAAACUACUGAUCAGUGUCACCCAAUUCUAAUCCCAACCACCUUUAUUCUAGGCAUACCAUACUCACUGCCAUGCUUACCUUUCGGUUGGGCACCUUUGUCCUCCUUCCCAUUGGUCUUCUGGUUCCUACCCAACUGUCCAGUCCACAGGCCUCAGUAACACCUUUUUGCCCAGCCCUGUGGUAGUGUUGGCCUGCCUCCUUUGCCUACUCAAGUAACUGCUUUACCACUAAUUUAUUGUUUUGUGUUUUCAUCUAUAGGAUCUUACCUAGCCAUAUGGCCUGCUGCCUCUGCCAAUUUAAAAAUAGCACUGAGGCUGUCUGCAAGACAGUCAAGCUGCAUUGCAACAGUGCAGGUCGGACAAACACCAUACAUUGUCCUGAAGAAGCAUCUGUAGGGAAUCCAGAAGGUGCGUUCAUGAAGGUGUUACAAGCCCAGAAGAAGCACAUGAGCACUGAGCUGACUAUUGAGCCAGAGGCGGCCUUAGACAGCAAUGGCAUCAGCUUGUCAGGCUUUGGGAGUGAGCAGCUAGACACCAAUGACAAGAGUAAUGUUAUCAGUGUGCUAAGUUACAUCUUGCCUUAUUUCUCAGCAGGAAAUCUAGAUGUGGAAUCCAUGUUGUUACCAUUCAUUAAACUGUUUUUUUCAAAUGUGCAAGAUGGAGAUAGGCUCCUGAGUAUUCUGAAAAACAAUACAAAGAGCCCCUCGCUUCAACCUGCAUCCAACAACUCAACUUAUGAAAAUAAAUUGAGAAAGGUAUAUUUCCUAGAAAAGAUAUUAGAUGCAGAAAUACGAGAAAAAAAUGAAAGCAGCCUGGCAAAGAUUCAAAGUGUAGGCAAAAACCUGCAGAGAAUGAACAGAGUCCUCAUGGGCCCAAGGAGCAUCCAGAAAAGGCACUUCAAAGAGGUGGGAAAGCAGAGCAUCAGGAGGGAAGAGGGUGCGCAGGCCUUUGUGCAGAACGCUGCCAUAGAAAAAAGGCUUGGGAGUCCAGCCCCAGGGGAGCUGGAACAGUCUCACAUAGAGCAGGGGCCCAAGAACGUAGCGGGAAACACCGUCAAGCCUUCAUUCACCCAAGAACAUAAGCCAACAGUCUCCUCUUUGCUGAAACCCUUCUCCACAGGCGUGCCUUCUGCCUCCACCCCUGCAAAAGCCCUACCUCAGGUCAGAGAUAGAUAGAAAGACUUAGCCUACGCCAUUUUAAUUUUAGAAAAUGCAAAGGCUAGAGUUAAAAAUAUGAAGGCUGCUAAACCAAUCGUACAUUCCAGAAACAAAUACCGCUUUCAUAAAACUCACUGCCAUGUGGCCCACAGAACACAGGUCAAAAAGAUUAGAAAGUUGAGAAAGAAAAGUUCUCUCAAUAGGCUGAUGUUCACUAAGAGGCCACCAUUCUCUGCAGCAAAGAGCCUCAUAAAUUCCCCUUCACAACAGGCUUUUUCAUCCUCAGGAGACCUGAGUCCUCAAGAAAACCCUUUUCCGGAAGUAUUUGCUCCUUCAGAACAGUUUAUAGAAAACACUGCUGUAAAAAACACAACUGUAAGAAAUGCCUCUGAAGAAAACAUUUUUAUGGAAAACACUACUAUACCAGAAGGCACCAUCUCUGAAAACACAACCUACAAUCCUCCUCCUGAGGCAGAUUCCACUGGGACUGCAUUCAACUUAGGGCCAACUGAAACUGAGACAAAAUGGGAAUACAACAACGUGGGCACUGACCUGUCCCCCGAGCCCAAAAGCUUCAAUUACCCACUGCUCUCAUCCCGAGGUGAUCAGUAUGAAAUUCAGCUAACCCAGCAGCUACGGUCCCUCAUCCCCAACAACGAUGUGAGAAGGUUCAUUUCUCAUGUUAUCCAGACCUUGAAGACGGACUGCUCUGAGACCCAUGUGCAAGUGACCUGUGCCAAGCUCAUCUCCAGGACAGGCCUCCUGAUGAAGCUUCUCAGUGAGCAGCAGGACGUAAAGGCGUCCAAGGCAGAAUGGGAUACGGACCAAUGGAAAACUGAGAACUAUAUCAAUGAAAGCACGGAAGCCCAGAGGGAACAGAAAGAGCAGAAGAGCAAGCUCACGAAAGAAGUUCCAGGAUAUGGCUAUAACAACAGACUCAUCUUGGCAAUAUCUGUGACUGUAAUACUAAUGAUUUUGAUUAUAAUUUUUUGUCUUAUUGAGAUUCAUUCUCAUAGAAGGGCAUCAGAGAAAGAUAAAGAAGGAUCCUCAGUGUCAGGUCCCUGAGCCCAAGCUAAGCCAUCAUAACCCCUGUGACCUGCAGAUAUACAUUCAGAUGGCCUGGAGCAACUGAAGAACCACCAAAAAAAUGAAACAGGCAGCUCCUUCCUUAACUGAUGACAUUCCACCUUGGUGAUUUGUUCCUGUCCCACCCCCAACUAAUCAAUCAACCUUGUGACAUUCCUCCCCUGGACAAGGAGUCUCAUGAUCUCUCCACCCUGCACCUUGUGACCCCUCCCCUGCCAGCAAGCAAUAACCACUUUUAACUGUAAUUUUCUACUACCUAUCCAAAUCUUAUAAAACUGCCCCACUCCUAUCUCCCUUUGCUGGCUCUCUUUGUGGACUCGGCCCACUUGCACCCAAGUGAAAUAAACAACCUUGUUGCUCACA